UAAUGACCCAUUGAAAGAUCAAGGUGUCCACUCUCCAGUCCAAUGCACAAACCAUGACUAUCGUCUCUGUUAGAUAGAUUGGACCUUUCAGAUUCAUCUCAGAACCUAUUACAUUUCAUUACCACAAAACCAUGAAUACCGCCGCCUUUAAGGUUGCUGUGGUGGGAGGUGGAAUUUCAGGAGCUGUGUGUGCAUCUACACUCGCCAGAAAUGGAGUUUCAGUCACUCUCUUUGAGUCAGCUAGAGGCCCUGGUGGACGCAUGUCCCAUAGAAGAGAGAAAACUGAAGAUGGGAAGGAGCUGAGCUUCGACCAUGGGGCUCCGUUUUUCUCAGUUAGCAAGCCUGAAGUGCAGUCUAUUGUUCAAGAGUGGGAGUCAAAGGGUCUUGUAGCUGAAUGGAAAGAAGAGUUUGGCUCGUUUGAUUUCCACACUCGUAAAUUUAACAACAUAGAGCAGCAGGUAGGAUUAAGCAAGAGAUUUGUUGGUGUUCCAGGCAUGAACUCGAUAUGUAAAGCUUUAUGCAAUGAAAGUGGUGUGGAAAGUAAGUUCAGUGUAGGUAUUGGAAAAGCUGAAUGGUUGGAUGAUGAGAAAUUGUGGUCAUUGACGGGUGUGGACGGACAAAAUCUUGGUCAGUUUAAGGGGCUCGUUGCAUCAGACAAGAAUAUAGUCUCUUCUAGAGUCACAGAAGUCACAGGACAGCCGCCACCACUUGGUCUUUUUCCCAAAACUUCAGUUGUGAGAAUUUUAGAUGAUUUCAAUUUGGUGCCAGAGUUGUCGGCAAAAUUGCAGAAUCUUCCUGUUCAGCCAUGUUUUGCUGUGAUGCUGGCAUUUGCAGAGCCUCUGUCAUCAAUACCAUUCAAAGGCCUCUCUUUCGAAAAUUCGAAGGUCUUAAGCUGGGCGUAUUGUGAUAGCUGCAAGCCAAACCGUACCACCACAAGUGAAAGAUGGGUUCUUCAUUCAACAGCAGAAUAUGCUGAGGGUAUAAUUUCUCAAAUGGGAAUGAAGAAGCCCUCAGAUGCGACACUGAAUAAAGUAGCCGAACAACUUCUCCAAGAAUUCCAGAGUACUGGAAUUCACAUACCGGAACCCUUUUUUAAGAGAGCACAUAGAUGGGGAAGUGCAUUUCCAGGUGCUAGAGUUGCCCCAGAGGAAAAAUGUCUAUGGGACAGAAACAAGAGAGUAGUAAUCUGUGGAGACUUUUGUGUUAGUCCCAAUGUUGAAGGUGCCAUAGAGAGUGGCUUGGCAGCUGCAUUAAGGCUUAAAGAUAGUGCAAGUUGUUUAUAGUUGCUCAAACAAGACCAUGCCUUUCUUUUGGUUGUUCAUUUCUUAUUUUGUCUGAUCAAAGGUAGAAAAGGUGAAAAUAUGCUAUCUACUAUCACUAUCUAGGUUUAAACAAAGCUAUCUUAUCCUUUUCCCUUGCUAUGAUAUUUAUAGGGGAAUAAGGAACUGAACUCGGAUAGAACAAUUUGCAAUAAGAAUAGCAUUUAUUUUUAAGCCAUUG